AUGGAGAGGUCGAAGCGCGCCUCAACCUCACGGUCGGAGCGUAUGGCGAUGCUCGAGUUUCUGCGCAUACCCGAGAACUUUGCGCUGCUGACUGGCUGUGCGUCCGUGGACGACACAGGAUGCCAAAUCAAGAUACGACGCGUACGUGGCAUCAUAACGCCGGGCACUACGAUGGAGCGGGCCAAGCAAGAGUGGGCGAGGCUUGACUGA